AUGGACCAGGAGAAGAUUUUUGGCAGGAGUCCAGUGCGAAAUAGAAGCGAGCGGCAAAACGAGCCGCCAAUUCCCAACAAACCCACCCAUUUGCUGAGCACCGCAAUGGUGAAAACAAAAGAGCGAGAAAGCAUGGUUCCUCAAGAUACACAGAUCAGGGUCAAGCAGCUUGAGCGGGACCUGCAGGCCAUCACGCGAGAGAGAGAUGAAGCACUUAAUGGUAUUCAUAAAGUUUUUGACGACAUCAUUGUGAUCGAAGAUAAACUGCAUGAAGAGCAGCGGCUUUCUGCUGGGAAAGAUGAAGAAAUCAUCAAAUUGAACGAAGAGAAUAUGCGACUGCUGGGAGAGAUCAAGACAAAAGACGACAAAUUGGUGAAUCUACGUCGAUUGAACGAGGGUCAGGAGAAAGCCCUCAGCAGGCAAAUCUCGGAGACCCGAACUCUACAACAUCGGUUCGAAAGCAUGUCCAGAAAUGGAGCAUCUACGGCAGCAACACAGCAAAGCCAGAAAGAUUGGGAGGCGAAGCUCAAGACCAAAGAGAGCCAGCUACAGGAGAUGGCCACCCAGCUUGAGAUGCUACGAAAACAGUGUACUAGCGAUCAACAGCGACGGGAGGCCGCCGAGGCGCAAUUGAAUAGCCUGCAGACUACUUCCCUCGUUCAGGACUCACAGGCUAAGGAUGUGGCAGAGCUCCGGAGGCUAUUGACGUGGCACCAGACUAUUGGGGAGCAGGCGUCGAGGAACACGAAACAGACUAGCGAGGAGAACAGGAAGCUUCGAGGGCUGAUUGCGGACCAGGAUAAGAGGAUUCAGGGACAGGAGGCCCUACUGGCCACGAUGAGGAGACAGGGGCAGGUAGUGACCAUUCCAGGUAGCUUCACUUGA